AUGGCAAGCGACCGCUCCACCUCACCUCCGUUUUUCCCAUCAAAAAGUGACAGAUUUUUAUCAAGAGUGAAAGAGAGUUUAAAUAAUGAAACAAAUGAUGGAGAAUCAGCAUUGAAAUAUGAUCUUGCACAACGCUCAAGAGGAGUGGGGCCCAACCCUACAAUUGCAUUCAACAAAAGACCGUUAAACGAUACUCCUAUAGUUAGUGGUACCGCGUCACCACGUGCCGGAAUGGCAAUGUCUCCUCUUGAUUUAAGUGAAGAUGAGGAUGAUAUAACUAGCAAACAUAUAAAUGAUGAUAGCACGAAACCUAAUACUGAUCGCAAUCAACAUUUGGAGCCCUACAAAAUGGGUUCUAGCUCGAUCAGGCCUGCCAAAACGACCCUUGAUAUCCCCGGCCAGACGAAGUCAAAGACAUCCCCGGAUGGGACAAUUGUUAAUACAAGUGAAAGGGUGGUAGUGGUUAUGAUUGGAUUACCAGCCAGAGGCAAGUCCUAUCUAAGCAACAAGCUUGUCAGAUACUUGAAUUGGCUUCAAAUUAAUGCCAAAAUAUUUAACGUUGGAUCUACACGAAGAGCAAAGGCCGCCAAUGUAGGACCAGAAAACUCACCCUUACCCGACAAGAAGAUUGGCACAUUACAUGACGCCAGUUUCUUUUCUCCCGAUAACAAAUCCAACAUCCUUCUGAGAGAGGAGUGGGCUAAAGAAACUUUGGAUAACCUACUGCAUUAUCUUUUGGAGGGAGACGGGUGUGUUGGCGUUUUUGAUGCCACAAAUUCAACCAAGCAGAGGCGCAAAACUGUCCUUGAUAUGAUCAUGGAAAAGAGCAAGGGACAACUCAAAGUUCUUUUUCUAGAGAGUAUUUGUAAUGAUAGGACAAUACUGGAGGAUAAUAUUCAGCUCAAAUUACAAGGGCCUGAUUACCGGAAUAUGAAACCCGAACUUGCAAUCAAGGAUUUCCUCGGAAGAUUGAAGAAUUAUGAACUUGCGUAUGAAACUAUUGAUGAAGAAGAAGAAAAGGACAAAAAUUUUCAAUAUGUGAAGAUGAUCGAUGUCGGCCGUAAGGUUAUUGCAUGUAAUAUACGGGGAUUUUUGGCAUCACAAAUCAUUUACUAUUUUCUGAAUUUUAAUUUAAGUCCUAGACAAAUAUUCAUCACCAGACAUGGUGAAUCAGAGGAUAAUGUCAAAGGGAGAAUUGGUGGGGAUUCAAAUUUAACUCCGAGAGGACAUGCUUUUGCUAAGGCUCUUGCAAAAUUCAUGGAUUUCAAAAAGCGUCAAUUUAGGGAAGCCCAGUUAAAAGCAUUCAGUGUAAGAAACGCUAGUCUAGUUUCGGGCUCUCAGCUGAAUAAAAGUAUCCCUGAGGAGCCAUCGUUUUCGGUUUUCACGUCGAUGCUCCGCCGCAGCGUACAGACGGCUAAAUACUUUUCGGAUGACUUCUAUGAUAUCAAGGAAAUGCGUAUGUUAGACGAGCUGGGAAGUGGAAAAUUUGACGGUAUGACAUAUGAAGAAAUUCAAAAGCGUUUUCCCGAAGAAUUCAAGUCUAGGUUGGAAAACAAAAUGGCCUACAGGUAUCCUGGUGUUGGUGGCGAAUCAUACUUGGACGUGAUUGCAAGGCUCAAGCCUUUGAUAACCGAGCUGGAGAGGACCACGAAUCAUAUAUUAAUUAUCACACACAGAGUUGUGGCAAGGGUUUUGAUUGCAUACUUUUUGAAUCUGAACAAAAACUCUGUGGGGGACUUGGAUGUGCCAUUGCAUACAAUCUACAUGUUUGAACCUAAACCUUUUGGCGUGGAUUACCAUAUUUAUGAGUUUGACGAAAACACAAACUGGUUUAACGAACUAGACCCAAACAACUUACAAAACAGUAAGAGGAUGAGGCAAGUUGGUAUCUCCUUCAGGGAGCGUGCAUAUUCAGUGGUACCUACGGCUCCUAGGAAAAAUCAGACAUUAUCCUCUGGCGAUGAUAAUAUCAACGAACUUUCGAAGACUGCAAAUUUACAAAACACUGUUUCUUCAAGUUCUUCAAUCGCCAGUCAGCAGUUGGUUUCAAAGACAAACAACCGCACUAACAAAACUAUUCUUGACAAUAUUAAUUCUGCCAGAGGUUUGGGACAAGCACCUAGUAAUAGUUUAUAAUAUUUGAUCAGUCGAUUCAAUGGCAAAAAGCGAACAAACAUGUAAUCAAGUAAAAACUUUGAACUUGAAUUUUACGUUGGCAUUGAGCCCAUGAUGAAGACCAUACUCAGCAUUGGAACUAUUUAGCUCGCUGAAGUAAGAUAUUAUUCGAAGCUACUUGCUUAUUUCUUGGCAGCCUUUUGAGCAGCCUUGGUGACCUUUCCGGCACCAGCAGCAGUCUUCUCAACAGACUUGAUGACACCGACGGCAACGGUCUGUCUCAUAUCUCUGACGGCAAAUCUUCCCAAUGGUGGGUACUCAGUGAAGGUCUCAACACACAUUGGCUUAGAUGGGAUCAUCUUAACAAUAGCAGCGUCACCAGACUUGACAAACUUAGGGUUCUCCUCAAUCUUCUUACCGGUUCUUCUGUCGAUCUUCUCGAGCAGUUGGUCGAAUCUGCAGGCAAUGUGGGCAGUGUGGCAGUCCAAAACUGGAGAGUAACCAGCAGAGAUCUGACCUGGGUGGUUCAAGAUAAUGACUUGAGCGUUGAAGGAAGCACAUCCUUGAGGUGGGUCGUUCUUCGAAUCACCACAGACGUUACCUCUUCUAAUUUCCUUGACGGAAACGUUCUUGACGUUGAAUCCAACAUUGUCACCUGGAAGACCCUCAGCAAGCUGCUCGUGGUGCAUCUCGACGGACUUGACUUCGGUGGUAACACCAGCUGGGGCGAAAGUAACAACCAUACCAGCUUUGAUGACACCAGUCUCAACUCUACCGACUGGAACAGUACCGAUACCACCAAUCUUGUAGACAUCUUGCAAUGGCAAUCUCAAUGGCUUGUCAGAUGGUCUGGCAGGUGGCUCAAUGGCGUCAAUGGCCUCGAGAAGAGUCUUACCCUUGACGACACCAGACUUGGUCUCCUUUUGCCAUCCCUUGUACCAUGGGCAGUUAGAAGAAGGCUCAAUCAUGUUGUCACCGUUCCAACCAGAAAUUGGGACGAAUGGAACAGUCUUAGGGUUGUAACCAACCUUCUUGAUGAAGUUAGAGGUUUCCUUGACAAUUUCCUCGAAUCUGGCCUCAGACCAUUGAACAGAGUCCAUCUUGUUGACAGCAACAAUCAGUUGUCUGACACCAAGGGUGAAAGCCAACAAAGCGUGCUCUCUGGUUUGACCGUCCUUGGAAAUACCAGCCUCGAACUCACCGGUACCACCAGCAAUAAUCAAAAUAGCACAGUCAGCCUGGGAAGUACCAGUAAUCAUGUUCUUGAUGAAAUCUCUGUGACCUGGAGCAUCAAUAACAGUGACGUGGUACUUUGGAGUCUCGAAUUUCCACAAAGCGAUAUCGAUGGUGAUACCUCUUUCUCUCUCAGCCUUCAACUUGUCCAAAACCCAAGCGUAUUUGAAGGAACCCUUACCAAGCUCGGCAGCCUCCUUUUCAAACUUCUCGAUGGUUCUCUUGUCGAUACCACCACACUUGUAGAUCAAGUGGCCGGUAGUGGUAGAUUUACCAGAGUCGACGUGACCAAUAACAACGACGUUAACGUGAGUCUUUUCUUUACCCAUUUUGUAGUUUUCAGUCUUUGAAAAAGCUGCUGAAGAAAAUUUUUCAGGUCAAUUCCCACCUUAUUCAAUUCGCCUCAUCGCAAAAAUUUUCGGCCUUAAAGUUUGGUUACCCGGAAGUUAAUGCCGGGUAAUUAGAUUUAAUUUAAUUGUUCACCUUCGAUAAAGACUGCUAAAUGGUCUAUUAGUUUUCAUUCUGUUGCGCAUCCAGUGCAUCAAUCAACUCGUUUUCAUCUCCUGAAAAUGAGCUGAAAAAGUUGUUGAAUUCUGGCACAUUAUCACGAUAUUGAUUGUGCACUAAUUCCCUCUAUAGCCGAUUGAGUCGAUAUUAGUAUCUAGUUAUUUGUAAAUCUCCUCACGUUGACUUACCUGAGCAAGGUUUUUCACUCCAGCUGUGAAAGAAUUGCGUUUCCAGUGAGAAACUGAUUGACGGCCCUGGUUAUAUUUGAAAAGUGAAUAAAUAAAACCUCCCCCAAAGAACACCGCAACAGCACACAAGCAAAUGAAAAGGAAAAUCCAGAUUAUUGCCUUGUCGUCUUUCUUUGCGGCUGUCGGACACCCAUGAAUAGUUCUCACCUCAAAAAAGUAGGAACAAUCAUGUAGGGAACCCACGUAAGAGAUCGAUGCUUUUGUCAUAAUCUCCCGAUCACAAACAAACGAUAAAAUGGUCGACUUUUUUAGUGAGCCAUCAUUUUUGAAGCCUUCACAAACACUACCGUCUGUGUAUUCAAGAACCAGCUUCCGUCCUCUGAAUUUUGGAGUCGUUGAUAUCUGUCCUAUGGAUUUUUUGUGACCUGUUGUAUCAGUAUAAUAACCACCAACCUCACUUUUAUUUGUGACACCUUCAAAAUCUGACUCUGGAAGACUUUGAGGCUGUUUUAAUGGGGUCGAACAAAUACCUAUGGAAAAGUUUCGACCAUAAUCGUAGCCGCGUGCAUUCCAUGCCUGUACCAGCCCAUCGUUUCCCAAUGCACCUAAAGGUCGAAGAUCAAAAAAUUGAUUGGUCAGGGGAUUUAUCACAGUACAAGGUUCGGGUGAAAUUUCACUUGUAUAGUUUUGCUUGUGAACAAACUUGGAAGUCUUUUCGAGAGUUUCCCAUUGAUAAAGCAAAUGGUUUGCCUCCUCUUGUAUCUCUGCUUUUAAUUUCUCAUUUCGAGAGCUUACAAUUCCAAAAACCACAAGAAUACAGACCACAGAAGCAAGUAAAAUGACUGGUUUUCGGGGCCUGAUCAUUUUCAGAGUUAAGUAAAUCUAAAUUCUCUAGGUAUUGAAGGCACGCUUUAUGAUGCAAGACAAAUGAUAUCUUUAUUCAAAUGAAUAUAAUAGGAGCCAACGAGUCUUACCUUAAUUUUUACUUUGAGGGAGACAAUCAAGUCUUGGUACGGAGAACGUAUGCGUGCAAGCUUGAUCUUCCUAGUUCAGGUCGAAUGAUGCCAAAGAUAUCAAAAUC